GCGAGGAGCAAGAAAACCACAACACAUUUUCACCUACAACUGCAACGACUAAUCAGUGAAAAGUAAGGAAGUAGAGUCAGAAUGAUGAAGAUGAAAGUGUUACUGGCAGUGAUGGUGAUGACGGUGAACGCUGAAGAAAUACAAAAACCGACUAAAGAUCUGCAGUGCGGCCAAAACUAUAUCAAGCCUGGCGAGGAGUUCUUACUGAGAUCAUCAACACAUCUCAUCGACGAGAACAAAAAAUGUGAGUACAAUAUCAACUGCAGUGAUGGGGAGUCAACUUUCUUUGAAAUAAAGACUCCCAUGCUUAACCUGCUCCAAGAAUGUGCCCAGAUUCUCGAAACUGACAGUUCAACUGACCAGAGGGCGUGUGGAACUGUGCACCAGUCUAUCAAUCACAUCCCUAAAAGCAAGAUAAGUUUCACCAUCGGAGAAGAUGUUCCCGCUGGGACCAUAAUCUCCAUCCAAUGCAGAGUGCAGGAAAAAGUCCCAGCGCACAGGCAGUAAUGCCUCGAGCAACUGUAUCUAUUCUCCAUAUACAAGACUGUUCUCCAACUUCAGUCUGAAAUGUUUUGGGAAUAUGUUCAUUUGAAGGAGAGAUACUUUUUUUUUCCCUAAGCCCGUUCUCAGAUAUAGAACCUAACCUAACGUUCCUGACUGAGGAAAAGGUUUAUGUAAACAACCAAUAACAUAAUCUUAAUUUACUCAACACUAGGAAUAGAAAAAACGAUGCCAUUAACUGUUCGGCUACCACCUUAAGAAAAAUCUCUCAGAUAUAACCAACUCCUAUGCCAUUUUAACCUAUAUAUAUAUAUAUAUAUAUAUAUAUAUAUAUAUAUAUAUAUAUAUAUAUAUGUGUGUAUAUAUAUUACCAUGUCAUAAACUAGGAAAAAGGUAUUAGAAAUAUAAUAUAUCUGUCUCCCGGAUGUCAACUAACAUGACAUAUUGUGAACUUAUCUCCUGUAAUCUUCUGUUCAUCUCCAACAGUGUAUUGACAGAAUAGAAUACAUAUAAUUACAAAAA